GGGGAACAUCAUCAAGACAGAAAGGCUUUCUAGGAUGCAUACGCUCCCUACACUUGAAUGGGCAGAAAUUGGACCUGGAAGAGAGGGCAAAGGUCACAUCUGGAGUCCGGCCUGGAUGCCCAGGUCAUUGCAGCACUUAUGGUAGCAUCUGCCACAAUGGGGGCAAGUGUGUGGAGAAGUACAGUGGGUACUUCUGUGAUUGCACCAAUUCACCAUAUGAAGGACCCUUUUGCAAAAAAGAGGUUUCUGCUGUUUUUGAGGCUGGCACUUCAGUUACUUAUAUGUUUCAAGAACCCUACCCAGUGACCAAAAAUAUAAGCCUCUCAUCCUCAGCGAUUUACGCAGAUGCAACUCCAUCCAAGGAAAAUAUUGCAUUUAGCUUUGUGACAGCCCAGGCGCCCAGCCUCUUGCUCUACAUCAAUUCUUCUUCUCAGGAUUACCUGGCUGUCCUGCUCUGCAAGAAUGGAAGCUUACAGGUUCGCUAUCAGCUAAGCAAGGAAGAAACCCAGGUUUUCAAUAUUGAUGCAGAGAACUUUGCCAACAGAAGGAUGCACCACUUAAACAUUGACCGGGAGGGAAGAGAGCUUACCAUUCAGGUGGAUCAGCAACUGCGACUCAGUUACAACUUCUCCCCAGAAGUCGAAUUCAGGGCCAUACGGUCACUCACCUUGGGCAAAGUCAAAGAAAUUAAGGAUUUGGGCUAUCCAGUUAUUGGAUUGCUCAAAUGCUUAAUCUCUUCAUUAAUUCUUUACCAAUUGAAAGAGGAUUGA